AUGGGGACGGAGGAAAGCAGCCAGCCAGACAGCCGGAAGUCACCCCCACCACCGAGCACCUCACCUUCACUCAGCCACAACAACAGCCAGGUACCAUCCGAGACCAUCGACCAAUCGACCAGACUCGACCUCAAGCCACCCCAAAGCCCGCUCCCAAACACAUACAGGCAGCAGAUAUUGCAGCGACACCAGAUCGUAACCCAGCCGCGGAAGUUCGAGCGGGCGCCGACCAUCGAUCCCUUGGUCUUCAUCCCACACGGCUGUCCGGUCCAUGCGCUAGCCGUCCCGCCAUGCGGCACACAUCUCUUCUCGGGCGGACAGGACGGGUUCGUGCGGCGGAUCGCGAUCCACGAAUCGGUGACCGGCUCGGGCCUCGAAAACCUCACGAUGAAGCAGGGCGGCCAUGUGCCUCUGGUCGACAAAGAUACCGACAGAACUACCAUCUUCCUCGCUGGUUAUUGGGAGAACGACGACCAGAACUCGCUCCUCGAACCCGCCUCCCCAAAUCCCCCCCUUAAAUGGGGUCCCAAGAGCGUCGGUAACGCAACCCAGGUCAGCCCCGUCUACAGCCUAGCCAUCCAUGACGAAGAACUAUGGGGACUUAGUGGAACAGAAUUGGGAAAUAUCAAUCUGUUCACGAUUAGACACGACGAGGGUCAUAUUCGACACGUCUUCAAGGCAGCCAAUCCGCCCUCCGCAGUUCCAUUGACCUCAGCGUCUGACGUCAAGGGCCACAAACCAGGCUCAGUGAUCUCAGCACUGGCGCUUAAUUCCGACCAGAAUAUCGCUUUCAGUGGGGGAUGGGAUGGGAUCGUUCUCGGAUGGGAUUUGAAUACAGGACAAGUGGUCAACAAGUUCAUCGCCCACGCCUCCCAAAUCUCGACGGUUGCGUUACGACCAGACAGUCGGGUCCCGAUCUAUGACACAAAGUUCGAAGAGAAUUUGAUGGAGAGAGAGGAGGAGGAGAGGCGGAUUGAUCGGAGCGAGCAAGCAAAUGAACAGGAGGUGAAGAGUCAGAAAGAGGAUGUUGUCGAGGAUACGGAGAUGAGGACGGCAGAGGCCGUCGAACCGGCCCACGACGCCAGUGCAAAGACGAUCGAGGAGAAGGGCGCUGAGGCCACUGCGACGAGUUCUCCAGACCGCCCAUUGGCGUCGGAUAUCGCCGGGGACGAGGAUAGCGAGGAAGACGGAUCGCUGUUCGGAGGGGCAGACAACUCGGGAUCCGAAGGGGAGGAUUCGCCGGAGGCGUCGGUGCCAUUGGCGAUGCUGAGUCCGGGACGAGGGAAGGGCGGUGGUGGUGGAGGGUUGAUCCUGCCGACAGCCAGCGGAGGCGACAAGCCGACCGCAGGACCGCCUAAGCCGACCGCACCACCGCUGAUUCUGCCGACGGUAGCGACGAGCAAAGCGCGGAACGUGUUGCCGCUGAUGAAGAAGCCGGUGUUGCCGGCGACCAACCUGACCCAAGUGCCCUCGGUGCUCGACAGCUCCUUGCCGGUGAUCAAUGACGACGUGUUGAUGACGAGUGGGAUCGAUGGCCAGGUGUAUCUGUGGGACCGACGGGUGUCGGGCAGCGGCUCGGCCGGCUAUGUGCGCAAGCUCGACCUGCCCAAAGCCACCUCCCCCUGGACAGCCUCGGCCAGUUGGUCAAUCGACGGCCGCUCCGUCUUCGUUGGCCGGCGUAACCACUCCGUCGACCUCUAUGACCUCCGCUUCCUCCGCCCCAACUCCCCCAUCUUCAACCCCGACGCCAUCCAACGCUCCAUCAAACUCCCGCCCUCCUCCGGUCCCGUCUCCUGUGUCAAACCUUGGCCCGACGGCUCCCAUCUCCUCUGCGCUAGCUUCGAUAACCUCAGGCUCUAUAACCUUAAUGCCGAUCUCCAUCCUACCUCCUUAUCCUCUGCGCGUAAAUCAACACAUCAUCCCCCCAAGAUCCCCUUCAAGAUCAUCCCCGGCCAUUCCUCCGGCGUCGUCUCUCAAAUGUGCGUGACGCCUUCGUUCAGGUUCUUGAUCACAGCAUCGGGCGACAGAGGGUGGCAAAGCACGUCGAACGAGUCCGUCGUCAUCCACGAAAUCCGCGCCCCUUCGUCUCUUUCUUGA